CUAACAUUUAUUUCGGAUAUCAAAUCACACUUGGUCAGGCUAGAAACGUAACACAAUGGCGAUGACAGAAUAUUUACUUCUUCUAACAAGUUUGCUGGGGAUUUCUUCUCAGAUGAGCAUUGUCUCGAACAGUUCAAACUUAUCCGGGAAUUCAUCUGAGAGUCUUGGUCUGACGCCGUCUCACUACUAUAUGAAUUAUAUGUGCAAUUCUCAGAAAUCGUUGUCCAGUCGUGACGCAAUAUUGUUGUCUCCAUGGUCAAGCAGAUUUCCGCCUACCACAAAGACAUGCAUCGUCGGGAUUAAGAAUGCAAAGCACUGGACCUACAGAUUUGUCAUAACCUUCAAAAAGAUGAAUCUGCAUGGGAAAACAUCUGGAACGUGUCUAAAAUCAAGACUAGAUCUUUAUAACGGACAAUCUGUUAGUGCCAGUGAUAGACUUAAUGAUGUUUACGGGUUGUGUGGCACGAGGACCAACCGAGAUAACUAUGAAACCACGACAAGCUUCUUGACGUUAGUGUAUAGAACAAACCAACUUCCACUCGCAGAGUCCCAGUACUUCGAAGCUGUCAUUACUCCAUUUCACAGAGGUACUUGUAAACAUGACGAGUUUAAAUGUAAGAAUGGAAACUGUAUCAAGGAUGAUAUGCUCUGUGACUCGUACAAUAAUUGUGGAGACGACAGCGAUGAGGAGGCGUGUGCUAAACUAGCCGUUGCCUUGAUUGUGGGUAUCGUUGUCGGCUGCGUGGUGUUUCUUGCUAUCGUCAUCGGAAUUAUCGUCUGCUGUUGUUGCUGUGGCUGGUGUUGCGCAACGUGCACUUAUGAAAGUCUUUAACCCUCUCUUGUGUAAUAAAUACAACAUCCGCUUU